UUGAGUUUGUUCGGUGACGUCUUGUCUUAUUUCGUGUGAGUUUGAGUUUGUUCAAUGUAUCUGUGGCCAUCGGUCAGCUAAGAGUAUGGGAAGGAAGUGUUUCGCACCCCGUUGUAAAACGGGGUACAAAUCGUGCUCCCAAAAACUUUCGUUGUUUUGUGCGCCAAAAGAUGAAGAGCGGCUCAAAGUGUGGAGGAACGCUAUACCACGAAAAGAUCGAGUCCUCCAGUCUUCGGACUACCUGUGUGAGCGGCACUUCGAGACACAUUUUGUGAGUAAGACGUGGGAGGCUGUGUACAACGGCAAUGUUUUGAUCAGCACGCCUCGGAAAGCGUCAUUGUCAAAAGACGCCGUGCCAACAAAGUUUCCGGAUUGCCCGACUUACCUCUCGAAGGAAACAAAGCGACGAAAAAGGCCUGCUGAGAGGCACAACAGGGGCGCACCGGCGAAGAAGCCAUGUACAGAAAACAAAAGUCCGGACCGACCGUGUCAGGUGUACAGCGACCAAUCUACAGUGAUGGAGAUCACAGGGGAAAAUGACGGUGCUGCAACCACGUCUGACUUGCCCUUGAAUGCAGCACCCGUGUCAGCGCUGUCAACCUUCAACAAACUGUUCGAGAGUCCGGAGUGUGUUCUGCUUCCAUCCGCAGCGUGGGGCUUUCACAGAUUGCAAGUUGAUGACCUGUGCAAUCUUGUGUUUAGUGAGUUGCGUUGUGUUCAGGAUCCCCAAUGCGCAGGGGACACUACCCGCAUGAGUCACAUGGUGACAGUGAAGCUCAUUGAUAUUGAUCAGGACAUGAGAGCAAAUAUCUUUCUGAUGGGGAAGCGUGUCUCUUGUGAAGCGUUGGGCUUUACCUGUGAGGUUUCAACUAUUGAGGAUGUCGAAAGCCUACUUGGGAAGUUGGAGGGGAUCCACCUUUGCGGUGGUGGGCCAACAAAAAAAAUGUAUCCCGAAGUACAACCAGAAUGUGCUUUUCUUGAUGCUUGCGGACGGUGGCGGCACAAAAAGUGCGUGCAGGUUCUUCCUGCCGCUGGUUCUUGCCAGAAGUGUGCUGGUUUGGCAGAUACAUUGCGGAUUCACCAGAGGAGGGCACAGCUCCGAAAGCAAGAGAAUGGAGCUCGUACCACUUUCCGGCUUUCGUCUCUUGCAAACGAUCAGAAGGUGAGAGUCACUUUCAGACGAGCACAAUAUGCGCUGAAACGGGCCAAGGAUCGCUUGGUGAAGAGAGUUAAAAGGCUAGAGCAAGCACUGAAAACAGCACAGAACAAGUUUUGUUCUAUCUCAGAUGAAUCUCUACAGGAGAAGUUGAGCCAACUGAACAUUCCGGCUGCACAGCUGACCGUGGUACAAGAGACAACGAAAUUCUGCCAUUGCCUUGCGUCACCACUGUGCGAAAAUACUUAUCAACUGUCCGUGUGA